AUGGCAGUGGCGAGUACCUCUUCGGCUCUCCGGCUCCUGCCUCUCCUCCUCGCACUCCUACUCGCUGCCACCAGCGAGGCCACCACAUUCAAAAUCAUCAACCAAUGCUCCUACACCGUGUGGCCAGCCGCUCUGCCGGGAGGUGGCGUGAAGCUUGAUCCGGGGGAGACGUGGGCGUUGAACAUGCCCGCUGGUACCUCAACAGGGCGCAUCUGGGCACGCACAGGCUGCUCACUCCUUGGCAAAGGCGGGUCAUGCCAAACUGGCGACUGCAGCGGCUUGCUCGCCUGUACGGUCAGUACUCGAUCGCCCAUCACGCUGGGCGAGUUCAGUCUUGCCCAAGGCCAAAGUGAUGAUGAUUUCUUCGACAUCUCGCUCAUUGAUGGCUUCAACGUGCCCAUGGACUUCCUGCCGGUGCCGGUUCAGGGAAGGUCAGGAUGCAGCAAGGGGCCGCGUUGUGCAGCCAACAUCACAUCGCAGUGCCCAAGAGAGCUGAAGGCUCCAGGAGGGUGUAACAAUCCCUGUACUGGGAGCACGGCAAGCCGUUGCAACACAAGUUACUCAGCCUUCUUUAAGCAGAUGUGCCCAGAUGCCUACAGCAAGCCUGAUGAUACAUCCACUUACUCUUGCCCGUCGGGCACAAAGUACCAGGUCAUCUUCUGUCCCCUGAUUAAUCAAACACUCUCACCUACAGAUGAAAGUCCCCUGCCUGCACCCCCGGCCAAGGCAACACCUCCGACCCCAAGUACUCUGCCUACAACUAUUGGGCCAACAAGCAUGAAACCUAAAUCCCCCUCUGGAAGAAGAGUUGUUGCAAUUCUAGCUCCUGUAGGCGGCUUAAUUUUGCUCACCAUCUUGUUCCUCGUCGCCUUCUUUAUAUGUAAACGAAGAACACAACAACAACAUGAGAUGGAAGAAGAGGAAGAGUUUGGGGAGCUAGAAGGAACACCAAUGAGGUUCACAUUUCAACAGCUAAGAGCAGCAACCGAGCAAUUUGCAGACAAGCUCGGGGAAGGAGGAUUCGGGUCUGUUUUCAAGGGACAGUUUGGUGGUGAAAGGAUUGCAGUAAAACGUUUGGAUCGAACUGGUCAGGGCAAAAGAGAAUUUUCGGCAGAAGUUCAGACAAUUGGCGGCAUUCAUCAUAUUAAUCUGGUGAGAUUGAUUGGUUUCUGUGCAGAGAAAUCCCACAGGCUCUUGAUAUAUGAGUACAUGCCCAAAGGAUCCUUGGACAGAUGGAUCUAUUGUCGACAUGACAAUGAUGCUUCUCCUCUGGAUUGGAGCACGCGGUGCAAGAUUAUAACUCAUAUAGCUAAGGGACUCUCCUAUCUUCAUGAGGAGUGCACAAAACGAAUUGCUCAUUUGGAUAUCAAACCACAAAACAUCCUCUUAGAUGAUGACUUUAAUGCUAAACUUUCUGAUUUUGGACUAUGCAAACUCAUAGACAGGGAUAUGAGCCAAGUUGUUACCAGAAUGAGGGGCACACCUGGAUAUUUAGCUCCUGAAUGGUUGACAUCACAGAUCACGGAAAAGGCCGAUAUCUACAGCUUCGGCGUCGUGGUCAUGGAAAUCAUCAGUGGAAGAAAGAACCUCGACACUUCCCGGUCAGAAGAGAGUGUCAUGACCGCAGACCUCAACAUAGAGCAUAAUUUUGUUGUAACAACUCCAGCAAAUUUUGGUAGCACAGGAAAUGUGAGCUCUUCAGCUCCACCUCUGCAUAAUAUAUUAGUAUUGCAAACCUUCUUCGAUCCACAAUAG